UGUCCUCAUCAACUAGUCAGACCCCCAAGUAAUGCAGCAACCAUCAACUUGCUGAAUAGCCUUCUACGGGGAGUAAACACAAACAGUAUUUCUGGUCUGCCUGCCUCGGAUUUGCUUCUGGCUCGUGCCAAUGGUCCUUCUCCUGCCAAUACAGCCAACUGCCUGUCCGGCUUACUGUCAGGGGGACUUGGCCUUCCAGGCAGUCAGUCAACGGUUACGGGAGCCAACGCUUCGGGGCCGGCAGUGGGCUCAGGAAUAGGGAGCACCAGUUUAGAGUUGACUGGACCAACUGUCACAUCGGGAUCGGCUUCCGUGUCCCCGUCAUCGGCAUUGUCUUCUUCCUCUAUGCUUGCUGCUCGUCUGGCGGCCAGUCUUUUACCCGCAUGUCGUGUGGUGGCGGAGGAGGGUGGCUCAACCAACAACUUACAAAACCGCCAGCAACUUCAGCAUCAACAACUAAAUCAGCAGACCCAACCCACUGCUCAACUACAUCAACAGCAGCAAACGAAUCAGACAUCUCAACAGUAUAAGCAACAGCAACAGCAACAGCAGCAACAUCAACUACUCCAUUUGGCCGCGCAACAAAUGCAAUUGCAAUUAAACCAGGCUAGACAGAAGCAGCAGCAACAGCAAAGUCAGCAUCCACGGCUACCUACUCAGCAGAUAGCAGUAAGCCAGCAGCAGGAAUCUCAGCAACAGGCACAGUCCAUCUGCUCAGAACGCUGUCCAGCAAAUGAAUUGACCAGUGACCUUGCAAGUUUAGCUAACACCUACCGCGGCGUGUUUGCUCUGGAGAGUGAUAUCGAAAGAGCUGCGAAUAUCUACCGGAAUUCUGCCAGUAAGCAAAUAUGCCAGAAUCAUUUCUACUCUUGA